AUGCAAGACGCUACAGGUAACACAGCGUUAAGGCCUUUUCUGCUCUCUGGGAAGGUGGUGCGGGGCCACGGUCGUGGUGGCACAUGUCUUGGAACCCCCACAGCCAACUUGAUGCUCAAUGACGAUGUGAUUGCGCAGCUGCAGCCGUACAAGAACCUUGUCCUGUAUGGGUGGGGAAUUGUGGUCGCGGUUCCCGGGAAGGAGGCGGCGGGAGGCGAGGGCCCUUAUCCCUUUGUCAUGUCGAUUGGCUACAACCCUCAUUUCAAGGACGUGAGUCUCUCAGCAGAGGUGCAUUUUAUGCAUCAAUUUGCAGAGGAUUUCUACGGCGCCAUCGUGAAGAUUGUCGUCUUGGGAACCAUUCGCGAGAUGGGAGCCUUUGUCUCUCUGGAAGCACUUGUGGAUGCCAUUAAGAACGACAUAAAACUCACAAAGGAGGCGCUGCAAAAACCAGAGCUUGCGCGGCAGAAGGAACAUAUCUUCUUGUCUCUCUCUCUUAAGCCCUCAGAGGCGCACCCCUACUUUGAGGCGACAGUGGUUUGA